AUGGAGAUUCAUCAGGUGAAUUCCUUCGGCAGCAACGUUGCAGUCAACAUUUGGUGGAAUCACCAGGCCUACGUCGUGCCCUCCUCGGAGUCCUGCGGCAGGCCGAACCCGGGGCUCGAUAUCUCGCUGGUCGAUGUCAGAUUCCCGUACCACGACCAGCCGGACACCGGCAUAGGCUUUCUGAGGGAUCUCCACCCAGAAGUGGAUUUCGUCAGGGAUCCGUCAGCAAGUUUGAGGGCUUUUAUGGACGAGGAGGAGACGGAAUCGCUGACAGAGCAGCAAUUUUUGGAAUUCAUGGACAUGAUGCUGUCAGGACCGGAGGGUGAGAUCUGGACGGAGGAAGCUCUGCAUGUUGCUCACCAGAUGUUCCAAAUGCUCGAUACUGAUGGCAAUGGUGAGAUUACAUCACAUGACAUGGACAAGUUUCCCUUAAAGAUCAACAAGUUUGACUCCUUUUUCAUCAAUCUUGGGCAGAAGAUGAUGAUCCUAUCCGACAUCGCUGACGGUCAGAUUUCUAAACAAGUGCAGGAGAUUUUGAACAAGUUUGAGGAAGACAAGGUCCGGGAUGUUGGAGACACACCUUCACAUGAACAUGGCAGCAAGUACAGAUGGACCAGUGGUCAUACGCCCAUGCGCAAAGGGGAACUGUAAAAUAGGAACUAACUCAAAUUUUGUCAUAAAGGUCUAUAGUUUGCCUGAAAAAAAAUACAACGGAUGAUAAUGGAAGAACACUGUAUCUUUGAAUAAAGACCAUAAUCAUACUAUGUAUUAUAUUUUUCUAAGUUAAUGUGUUCAUGUUGUGUUACGCGUGAGAUAUGAUGUGUAUUAAUCCUAUACAAUUGUCUGAGUUGUUAUCAGGCGCGGGAAGAUUCUGAAAUCUACGAUGAUUUAUCCUGCAUUCUAAGGCAAUUGAAUAAUAAAUUAAGAAACUUCAGCAUUCUAUUUAUUAUAUUUGGCCCCAUUUUACAAGUUUCAUAACAUCAGUUAGCGGCUGAAGGGGGGGGGGG